GUCCGGUCCGUCCUCCACGAAAAUCGGAACUCUUCACACGCACAGCAUGCAACGCAUUCACGCGACCAACAGGCAGGCAGACAGGCAGACAGGCAGACAGGCAGACAGGCAGACAAGGAAAAAAGUACUGAGGUACAUCUAUAUAUUAGAUCCAUCCAUCCAUCCAUCCCGAAAUACAGUGUGUCUUGAGCGAGACAGACCACAUGCCAUGCAGUCAGUCAUCACGAGCCAUUCAUUCAAACGCACGCCAGCCAAUCCGCGAUCGCUCCAUAUAGAAACUACUCACCCAUUCACCCCACAGGCAGCAACACAUCCAGUCCGAUCUCACCAUAUGCAGCCACACACCACACCACACACCACCACACCCCAACAGCCCGUCGGUCCGAUCACACACAAAGUCUUUUGUGGUCGGUUUUGACCGGCUGCCACAGAGGAGCUGAGGGAGGGAGGGAGGGAGGGAGGAGCGAACCGAGGAAGGGCCAUGACCUAGUUGGGAAGACACAUAGACAGGGGGAAGAGACAAAUAGACACCUAGGCAGUCUGUGAGGGAGGGAGGGAGGGAGGAACGAGUGAGUAAUUGAGUCAGCACAUUCAGCAGCCACAUUCAGCCAACCGCCCAGAUAGAGCGAAGCGAAUCCAUAUAGACCCAUGUUUGUAUAUCACAGCUCACUCACUACGCCCAUAAAGCCCUGCCGUGACUGACGCCAUAGCAACAAAAAUGGCCUUACCGCACCACAGCCACCCCGCCCUGCCCCCUCCAUCCUCUAAAUCUCCUGUGCGCCGGCAUUCCCCUCCCCCUCGUCCACACCAUUGGCAGCUACAGCCGGCUGCCCAUCCGUGGUAGUGUUGCUGCCGUUGGUCGCAUUGGUCGCAAUUGCCGCCUCACCCCCACUCACGCCCAAGCCACCAGCAGCAGCGGCAGCGGCAGGAGUGGUCUUGCUGCCCGUGUGCAGCUGCACUGUCUGUCGCGUGUGCUGUAGCUGCUGCUGCUGCUGCUGGUGGUGGUGGGGCGGUUGUGGCAGCAGCCCUUGGAAGUGUUUGUGCUGGUUGGUGCAGAGCUGGACGAGUGCGGUGCGCUGGUCGGGCGAGGGGAGGGCUAUCUGGCCGAGGGUCGUCUUGCGGGGGCGGCGGUCGAAGAAGUACUUGCCGCUGAUGUUGUUGACGCGGAUGUCGUCAGACAGGGCCAGCCACAGCUGCAUUUAUCCACACAGACAGACACACCAAUUGUGUGUGUGUGUGUGUGUGUGUGUGGAUGUUUGUGUGCCUACCGGUGUGUCGGCUCCCAUUGCCUCAUCCCGUAGCAGCCCCAGCAUCUUGGUGGUGCGGUAGAAGGGCCGCAGGGGAACCGCGUCACGCAGGCCGGGCGUGUCAACCCACCCUGACCACACACAUACGACAGACACCCAGCAGACAGACCAUGAGAUACCAAAACAUAUAUGUCCUCAUCACUCGUCGAGCACAGCACGCACCUGGGUGGCAGCAGUUGACGCGGAUGGGCAGGUCGUUCUCCUUCCACGUGGCCGCCCAGUACUCGGUCAAACACACCUGCCAUGCCACCAUCGACCAACACACACACACGUGCACACGCCUGGCCCUAUUCGUGUGUGUGGAGCGGCCGGACCCUCGCGCGAUGGUGGAGGGCGUAUUGCUUGCGGCCGUCGUACGCCCAGCCAGUCGACGGCCCCUCCAGGGAAUCGACGUCCAGACUGCAGAAACACACACACAUACACAUACAAACGGAACCAUCAGCACUAGUACCGCUGGUGCAUACCCGAUGGCUUCCAUGCCGGCCGACACGACGUUGACGACGCGGCCCUCACUCUGCGCGCCACCGCCUGGCAUUGCCAGCAGGGGGGUCAGCUCACUCGUGAGGAUGAAGAAACCGGCCACGUUUGCCGCAAAUGCCUCGUCGAGUCCGUCAGCCGUCACCUGACGGCGAGACGGCAGCACCGCCACGUUGUUGACCUGAGCACCGAAAAUGACCAGACGCCAGGGCGUUCUCAACACGAAGCCAUCCUCUCACCAGUAUGUCGAGCUUUCGCUCGCCAUCGACAGAGGUGAAUCCCCUUGCAAAGGCCAGCACCUCUCCUGGUCGGCUCAUGUCGACGCGAUGGACCACGACGCGGCACCGCAACCCGCCCCCGUGGGCGGCCAGCUCGUCGUUGACCUGGGUCUGGAGCGCCUCGGCGACGUUCUCGCCCGUCUGCAGGUCGCGACAGGUGAUGUGCACCUCCAGGCCGCGACGCGCCAGGCCCUCAGCCACCUUCAGGCCAAUCCCUGACACGAACCACAGAUAUGGAUCGGAUCGGCGUCUCUAUGUGUCUGUGGGUGGUGUGGUGUGUUGUCGCCAUCCAUCCAUCUCACCCGAGGUGCCUCCGGUGACGAUGGCGACCAUCUUCCUGCCCUCCGGGCCGGCCUGUAUGGCCUCGUUGGCAUGCCUGGCGCGCCGCCGGCAGAAGAACACCCCGUUGCGCACGGUGCUCGCCAGCCUCGUGUGGGAGGGGUCGCCGAAGUAGAGGGCCAGGGCGAGGGGGUCGAACCUCGGUGGCACCAUUGUGGUGACGUAGAAGCCGAUGGACUGGCGGAUGAGCCACGAGGUGAGCCGCCCGAUACUGGGGCGCCAGUAGGCGUCGUAGAUGCGGCCCAGGAUCGUGAUGCCGCUGAACAGAGACUGCACAUCACACGCAGGGAGAGAGAGAUGCCGGGCAGCUGUCACUGAUGGCGACAUGAUGUGUGCAUAUGUCUUGGGCGUACUGCGAGGGACCACUCGUCGACGUGGGAUGUGAUCUUGGUGGCGGAUUCGUCCAUGACCACGUGAGUGGUCUGCACGAUGGUGAGGGACAGCGGGAUGAGGCGGAAUGUGUACCGCACCUUGGCCUUGAACAGCACCGACGGGGGCGACGGCAGGGCAUCCUGGGUGGGCGUCAGGAGCGUCGGCUCGCCUGCAGUGAGUGCACCACACACAAACAGACAAACAGACCAGACCGACACGCAGUGCACUGCAUGCGGCUCCCCACCUGUGCUGUGCGGUGCAGAAACCCAGCCCCUCCCACCGACGUACGUACCUAUAAAUUCCACUUUGCUGAAGAGCGUCCUCAGCGACAGGAACUGGCUCCUCACGUCGUCGAUGCCUGACACCUUCAUUAUCGGGUCCUGUCGACACCCCGCCACACACCACACACACAAAACUCACUCUUGACGUAUCUCUUUUGCUUGUUCUGGGCGGUGCCUUGUGCGGCCAGUGAGGCCCCCUGCCCCUGUGCCCACCUCGAACUGCGCGUCAGCGUCGUAGAGCGCCGCUAUGACGAGGUCUGCUUCUCCAAAGGGGGCCGAGUAGACCGUUUCAAGUUGCUUCAGCAACUUCCCCGUGUCCAUCGUCACCGGAUCUCCGUUCAUCGUGG